AUGUCCUCAGGAUCAUCGUUCAUCGCAGAUUUCCUCAUGGCCAGGUCUCCAGCGUUCGUGCUGGUCUUCUUCCUUGUUGCCGCUGCUCUUGUUUACUAUCUCGUACUCCUUAUCACAUCAGCUGAGGAUGUCAAGACGAAGCUGUUGGCGAUACCGAGAGCAUCUCUGCAUUUCUUCCUCUCAAAGGACCGCAAGUGGAAACAACCGUCUGAUACCCGAAUCAUUUUGGAGGAGUCGAGAGCCUUCCCUGAGAGAGCCCACCGGAAGCGCAUCAUAUUCCUGAGACACGGAGAGAGUAUGUGGAAUGUGGUUUUCAACAAAGGAUUCGGCCCGUCGUUCCCGUUGAGGUUGUUGAAGUGCUCGAUAAAAGAGUUGGAGCUGAUGCCUACUGCGGAUUCGCUGUACUGGGAUGCUCCUAUUUCACCAGAUGGAAUUCAGCAGAGUUUGAAGUUACUCAACUGGAUUGAAAACAAUAAGAAAACCAACGAGUAUGCGCGAAUUCUCGCAGGAGACGACCACGAGCAUACUUCUGUUAUGGCGUCCUCGAAUUUGCGGAGAGCUGUGUCUACCGGGAUGAUAGCAUUAUCAGCAAGGCUGUUGCAAAAUGAAGAUGCACCUUCCACUGGAGGGCACAAGCAGGAGCAGAUCUACGUCAUGAGUGCCCUACAGGAGAUGACUCGGAAUGUGGAUGGUUUUGCUCUCACGCCCAAGAAGGGUGUUCCUGGUCCGAGUUUUGUCGAAGUUGCGGAACCUAAAAUCAAGGAUGUGGUUGACUUCUAUUCAGAGCACAAACUUAGCGGGAAGUUUAACGACGGAUCGAAGCCCCUCAGUUCGAAUGGCCUGAUGAGGUUCCAUGAGUUCUGCGACUGGUGUUUCAACAGUCCGAUGGCGCGCGAUGUGGACUGUGUUAUAGCGAUUGGACAUUCUCUUUAUUUCCGAGAAUUCUUCAACGCGUUCCUUCCCCGAGGCGUACGAACACCCGCAAGAUCUAACAAGAUGCUCAACUGCGGCAUUACUACUUUCGAGUUAGUCUCUACUGGCAAAGGAAAAUACGCCAUCGAUCCCAAAUCGGUGGAGUUGGUAUACGGCGGUUUUCACGGUGUGAAGGACACUAAGCAUCUCGACUAA